AUGGCUCUCCCAGGAAAAGCGCGGCUACAUCUCCUGCUGGUCUUGCUGGUGACCCUAUUCCUGUUCCUGCUCCUGUUCUCUACCCACCGUGACAACUCAGUCAAUGGAAAGUCAAGGCCCAUGCACGUGCUGGUGCUGUCAUCCUGGCGCUCAGGUUCCACUUUUGUGGGCCAGCUCCUGGGGCAGCACCCAGACGUCUUCUACCUGAUGGAGCCCGCCUGGCACGUGUGGGCAACCUUCCCCAACAGCAGCGCCCGCAACCUUCAGAUGGCCAUUCGGGAUCUCAUGCGCGCCAUCUUCCUCUGCGACAUGAGCGUCUAUGAUGCCUACAAGAAACAACAGCUACAGCCGAACCAGGCGGAGACCCUGUUCCUAUGGUACACCAGCCCAGCGUUGUGUUCUCCUCCGGCCUGCAGCCUCUUCUCCAGGGACCAGGUCAUCCUCCCGAGCCACUGCAGACAAGUAUGCCGUAUGCAGCCCCUGCAAGUGGUGGAGGAGGCCUGUCGGUCCUACAGCCACGUGGUGCUCAAGGAGGUGCGUUUCCUCCACCUACGGGGACUGAUCCCAUUGCUCAGGGACCCGGCCCUCAACUUGCACAUCAUUCACCUGGUGCGUGACCCUCGGGCCGUGUUCCGUUCCCGGGAACAUUUAGUCAAGGAUCUGGAGAUGGAUAGGCGCAUUGUCCUGGGGCCUCAGUGGCAGUCGCUCUCCAGAAAGGAGAGGGACUAUGCCAUAAUGCGCAUCGUCUGCCAGGCCCACCUAGACAUCUACCACGCAGUGCAGGCCUUGCCCCCGGCCCUGAGGCAGCGCUAUCUACUGCUGCGUUAUGAGGACCUGGUCAGGUCGCCUCUGGAGCUCACAGCCCAGAUGUAUGAAUUUGCCAGGUUGGAAUUCUUGCCGUGGCUGCAGAUUUGGGUGCAUAACAUCACCCGAGGCUCAGGCCUGGGGAAAUACGCCUUUGUGGUUGAUGCCAGGAAUGCCCUCAAAGUAUCCCAGGCCUGGCGCCAAGCCUUGCCUUAUGAAAAAGUACUGCAGAUCCAGAACAUGUGUCACCAGGCCAUGAGUUUACUGGGCUACCGGCUGGCCACUUCAGAGCAAGAGCAGAAAAAUCUGUCGGUGGAUCUCCUGUCCCCCUGGAUCGCGGCCGAGCCAGAACAAUGA